AUGAAGGGAGAGUCAGAAUCAGUUGGUCCAAUAGCCAGAAGAGGCCCUGGUGUCCCCGAGGAUGGGAGCAGAAGAGAACUGUGGGAAGGAAGAGUGCAGAAGGGCCUGGGAGAGGAUUUUCUCCCUUCAGAUGUGCAGCGCCAGCAAUUCAGGCACUUCUGCUACCAGGAGGCCGAAGGGCCCCGAGAGGUCUGCAGCCGCCUCCACCAUCUUUGCCACCAGUGGCUGAAGCCAGAAGGCCACAGCAAGAAGGAGAUCCUGGACCUGGUGGUCUUGGAGCAGCUCCUGGCCGUCCUGCCCCCGGAGAUGCAGAGCUGGGUCAGGGAAUGCGGUCCGGAGACCAGUUCCCAGGCGGUGGCCCUGGCAGAAGGCUUCCUCCUGAGCCAGGCAGGUGCCAAGAAUCGGGACCAGCAGGUACAUGAAAAGAUCACACAGGAGCAUCACCACGGAGCAACUUUUCCAGGUGGGGCCUUGACAGAAGUGAUCUGUUCUUUGCCAUCUCUUUGUGGAAGACAGAAAGCGGUUUCCGUGUGGCCAGAUCGGGCUCCAGUGACAUUCGAGGAGGUGUCUGUUCAUUUCACCGAGGAGGAGUGGACUCUGUUGGAUCCAGACCAAAGACGCCUUCACAAGGAAGUCAUGGAGGCCAAUCGUCAGACUGUGGCCUCUCUGGUAGGAGGCUUGUGGGAGUCACCGAAUGAAAGGAAAAAGCAUCCAGUGAUGGAGAAAGAGGAUCUGUAUUCAGACGGGGAAGAGAAGACCGAAUAUCGUGAUGCACGGAGGAAGGAGGAGGGAAAAGAUGGUUAUAGAGAGAGGGAUACUUCUAAUCUUUUAGAGGGGGGUAACUCUAUACUGGAAAAAAUAUACAAAGGAGAGAAUAGGAAUGAGCUCACUGCAAGCAUGGAAAAUUUUCCUUGCACAUCAGAUACUAAUAAUCAAAGGAAGAUGUAUAGCAAAAAGAAAAUCCAUCAGUUCCCGGAGUGUGGGAAAAGCUUGAGUCACAGUGGAAAACUCACUGAUCAUCAAAAGAUUCACAUAGGGGAAAAACCAUAUAAGUGCCUGGAGUGUGAGAAAAGCUUCAGUCACAGUGCAGACCUUUUUUCCCACCGAAGAACUCACACAGGGGAAAAACCAUAUAAAUGCCUGGAGUGUGGAAAAAGCUUUAGUUGGAGUAAAGAUGUUACUGUCCACCAAAGUAUUCACAUGGAGGAGAAGACAUAUAAAUGCCUGGUGUGUGGAAAAAGCUUCAGUCAGAGUAAAGAUUUUAAUGUCCACCAAAGAAUUCACAUGGGGGAGAAACCAUAUAAAUGCUUGGUGUGUGCAAAAAGCUUCAGUCAGAGUCAAUAUCUUACUGUCCACCAAAGAAUUCACACAGGGGAGAAACCAUAUAAGCGCCUGGUGUGUGAGAAAAGCUUCACUUGGAAUAAAGAUCUUACUGUCCACCAAAGAAUUCACAUGGGAGAGAAGCCAUAUAAAUGCCUCAUGUGUGAGAAAAGCUUCAGUCAAAGUAGUGAUGUUACUGUCCAUCAAAGGAUACACACAGGGGAGAAGCCAUACAACUGCCUGGAGUGUGCGAAAAGAUUCAUUCAGAGUGGGCAUCUUACUAAGCAUCAAAGGAUACACACUGGGGAGAAGCCAUAUAAAUGCCUGGAGUGUGGGAAAAGUUUCAGUCGAAGUGAUAAGCUUGCUUCCCAUAGAAGAAUUCACACAGGGGAGAAACCAUAUAGAUGCUUAGAGUGUGGAAAAGGCUUCUGUCAGAGAGGGAACCUUACUCAGCAUCAAAGGAUUCAUACAGGAGAGAAACCAUACAACUGCUUGGAGUGUGGGAAAAGCUUCAGUCGAAGUGAUAAGCUUGCUUCCCAUAGAAGAAUUCACACAGGGGAGAAACCAUAUAGAUGCUUAGAGUGUGGAAAAGGCUUCUGUCAGAGAGGGAACCUUACUCAGCAUCAAAGGAUUCAUACAGGAGAGAAACCAUACAACUGCUUGGAGUGUGGGAAAAGUUUCAGUCAGAGUGGAAACCUUAUUUCCCAUAGAAGAAUUCACACAGGAGAGAAACCAUAUAAAUGCCUGGAGCGUGGGAAAAUUUUCAGUCAUAGUAAUCACCUUACUUACCAUCAAAGGAUUCACACUGGGGAGAAACCAUAUAAAUGCCUGGAGUGUGGGAAAAGCUUCAGUCGAAGUGGUACGCUUACUUCUCAUCAAAGAAGUCACACUGGGGACAAACCAUACAAAUGCCUGGAGUGUGGAAAAGGCUUCACUCAGAAUCGAAACCUUACUGCCCAUCGUAGAAUUCACACAGGGGAGAAACCAUAUAAAUGCCUGGAGUGUGGGAAAAGUUUCAGUCGAAGUGAUAAGCUUGCUUCCCAUCAAAGAAGUCACACUGGGGACAAACCAUACAAAUGCCUGGAGUGUGGGGAAAGUUUCAGUCGAAGUGAUACACUUAUUUCUCAUCAAAGAAGUCACACUGGGGAGAAACCAUACAAAUACAUGCAGUUUGGGAAAAGUUUCAGUUAGAGUGAUGAGCUUACUUCCCAUUAAAAACUUCACAUAGGAGG